AUGCCUGCUGCCAAUAUGACAGAGACCCUUCAGCUCCCAGCGCUGCAAGUCCCGGAACAGCAGGAGGCGGAGAGCAGCCGCGCCUGGUCCAGUUCAUCCACGCCGACCCUGCGCCGAAAGCGGUUCAAGAUGAGGCGGAUGAAGCACGUCCAGGAGCCGAACCUAAAAGCCGCAUCCUCCUCCAACAAGGAAUUCCUGCAGCUCCCCUCCAUCGAAAUCACCCCUUCGAGUGACGAGGAUACCCCUUGGUCAAACUGCUCCACGCCCAGCGCCUCCCCGCGGCGCAAGCGCUUCCUUCUGCGCAAGUGGCUAAGCGUGAGGGAGAAGAAGGAGUGUAGUGAGAGCAGCAGCCAACAGAGCAGCCAGCAAAGCAGCCACGAUGAUGACACAUCCCGAUUCUUGAGCCCCCGAAUGCGUGACGACAGUCUCUGGGGGCUGGACUCUGGACUAGAAGCUGUGCCGGACUACUGCCGCCUCCAGUUUUCCUAUGGGCGGCAGGUGUGCAGGCUGGCAGGUGCACCGCAAAGCCCGGCCAUGGUCCAGAGCCUGUGCCCCAAGAAGUUCUCCUCCCACAUAGCCGCUAAGCAAGCCUGCCAUUUCCGCGUAGCCUCUCUAAGGAAAAAGCUUUCCUUCUUCAGAGCCAUGUAA